CUUUUUGAAAUAAGUUUUUGGGCAGUAGGCAGGCAUAUUACCAGCUCAGAGAAAGUGCCACGACUCCACACUCAUCGGCUAUUCUGAAAGAGAGAACUCAAGUCGUUGGGGCUUAGCGGAGGGACACGAUUAAACAGACAUGGACGUCUACGACCCCCAGACUCUCGGCUUCAUGGUCUUUGGUGGAUUCAUGGUGGUGUCGGCCAUCGGGAUUGCCCUGGUCUCCACCCUCUCCAUGAAGGAGACCUCUUAUGAGGAGGCCCUGGCCAAGCAACGGCGUGAGCUUAGCAAGACCCAACCCCAGCGCUCCGAAAAAAAGAAAAAAGAGAAGGCGUCCGAGAAGAAAGGCAAGGCCAGGAAGAAGGACGAUCGGCCCAACGGUAAACUUCCUGACUCGGAAUCAGUUGCUGAGCCCGUGGAGCUGAUUAGUGAACCUGAGCCUGAGCUUGAACCCGAACCUGCACCAGAGCCCACCGCAGCCCCCGAGCCCGAACCUACGGCCCCCGAGCCUGCUGUUGUUGCUGCCGCUCCCGCUCCCGCCCCUGUAGACGUGGAGGCCCCUCCUGCCCCAUCCCCGAAGGAGAAGAAGAAGAAGAAGGUUGCCAAAGUGGAGCCUGCCCCUGUACUGGAGACUGUCAAGGAAGUGCCUGUCAUGGCUGUGCCGCCUGUAGCAGAGGUUGCCCCGGUGAUUGCCGCUGCUCCUGUUCCGGUCACCAGUGAGUCACCAGCUGUUACCAAGGCUGAAGAGACCAAGACAGCAGCCCCCUCUAAGAAGAAGAAGUCCAAGGCGAAGGCAGAGCCAGUGUCUGCUGUGGUGGACCCUGUUGAUGCUCCCCUGCUUCUACCCUUCAAGACCCUGCUGUCCACAGUCAGCAGCAUGACGUUCAGCGAAGGAGAAACCCAGAAGCUCAUUGAGAUCCUCAGUGACAAGCCCGGUCUGGCUCAGGAUACCUGGCAACUGGCUUCUCAAAAGGGUGAUCCCCUGGCUGUCCUGAAGAAGCAUCUGGAAGAGAAGGAGAAGCAGCUGACAGCUGAGCAGCAUGAUACCACAACUGCCAAGAACCUUGUGAAGGAGCUGACCAAGGAGCUCAACGCAGAGAAGUCCAAGAUGGCGUCGUUGGAGACCCGUCUGAGCUCCGAGCUGAAAGCCAGCUCCCAGGAGGUGAAGGCCCUGCAGACCCGCAUGCAGGCCUCCUACCAGGAUCACGUGGCCGAGACUCAGCAACUCAACCUCAAGAUCCAGAGCCUGCAGGAGCAGCUUGACAAUGGUCCCAACGCACAGCUGGCUCGUCUGCAGCAGGAGAACUCAAUCCUGAGGGACGCCCUCAACAAAGCCACCAGCCAGGCUGAGAGCAGGCAGAACGCGGAGCUGGCCAAGUUGAGGCAGGACUGUGUGCGUCUGGGCAGGGAGCUGGGAGAGAGGACCGAGGCGCUGCAAGUGGACGAGGAGCGCAGGAAAGCCCUGGAGGCGAAGGUGGCGGCCGCAGACGAGCAACUUUCCCAGAUCCAGGCCAUCCAUGCGGAGGGGGAGCAGGCGCUGCUUGAGAAGCUGGAGGGGGUGAGCCAGGAGCUGAGAGUGGCCCAGGAGACCAGCAGCACCAUGCAGACCCAGCUGGAACAGGCCCAUCAAGAAGCCGUCACUAUGGCUGAGCUGCAGGAGCGUGUCACAGCCACCGAGGCAGAGCUGAAGGAGCGCUGUGAGGAGCUGGAGGCCCUUAGGGCCCAGAAGGAGCAGGCAGAGAAGGAGAAGGAGGAGGAGGUCCUCCUAAAGGAUGAGCCAGUAGAGAGCCAAGCUGAGGAGCAGGUGAUUGAGACUGUUACAGAAGCUGCCACCCCCUCAGAACCACAGGAUGAUGUUCCAGAUGAGAUAGAGAUGCUAAAGAACAGUCUGAAGGAAAAGGAAAGCCAGGUAACCACUUUGGAAGAAGAGCUGAAGCAGUUAAGAGACGAACUGGAGCUUGUAAAAACAGCACAGACCAUCCAAGAACCACAACAGAAUGGGGUGAAAGAAGAGGAAGACCAGAUUGUGCAGAUAGAUAGUUCUGCUGCAAACAUGGUUGAAAUUGAACUUUUACAGAACAGUUUGCAAGAAAAAGAAAGCACGAUAACAUCCCUCGAGGAACAACUACAGACAGUGAGAGCAGAGCUGGAGGCAAAGAGCACCAAAACUCCGGAGAGGGAUGUGGACACAGACCAGCUCCAGAUCAGUCUGAAAGACAGAGAGAGCCAGGUGGCAGCAUUGGAGGACGAACUCAAACAACUGAGGGACGACAUAGAACUGGGAAAGAGCACCCAGGCUGGGUCUGGGAGUGAAACUGAAGCAGAACAACCAUUUGAAAGUCUAGAGAAGGAUUCACAGAUGUUGUCUAUGGAGGAGGAGCUCCAGCAGCUGAAAGAGGAAAUGGAGCAAGUCAAGAACAAAAGUAACGACCUCCGUGAGAAGAACUGGGCAGCCAUGGAGGCCUUGUCUGCAGCUGAGAAGAUGAAUGUGGAGAGACUGGCCGAGGCUAAGGGGGCACUGAGCCAAGCUGAAGAUGCACUGACAUCCUUCCAGACAGAAUCCAUUAAGACUCUUCAGAUCCUCUUCCCCGACAUCCCCUUAGAAACUGAGCAGAACAACUGGCUGGACUUAUUUAUCCAGCAAGCACAGGAGAGUAAACAUCUACAGCAUCAGGAAGCUCAGCAGGAGAACAUUCAAACAACAGACUCUGGGGAACUCUUGUCAAAACUUCAAGAGGCAGAGGAAUCACAGAAAACACUACAGGUGGAAUGUGAGCAGUACAGAACAGUCCUAGCUGAAACUGAGGGCAUGCUGAAGGACCUUCAGAAGAGUGUGGAGGAAGAGGAACUAGUCUGGAAGGCCAAGAUAGCGGAGGCUGAGGAGCAACGGCAAGCAGCUCUAGAUCAGGUGAAGGUGUUGGAAGAAGCCCACGAGGCCAUGACAACAGAGGGUGAAAACACAGACCAGCUGAAAGAACAGGUGAUGCUUCUAGAAGCCCAGCUGGAGAAACAGUUGGAAUCUAUUAGCUUCAGCCAGACCUACGCUGAGGAGGUGGCCCAGCUGAAGGGUUUGUUAUCAGAGACACAGAGCCAGCUGGAGGUGGCUAAGUCAGAAGCACAGAACCAGGCAAUGGAACUGUCUCUGGUCAGGGGGCAGCUGAGCGAGGCGGUGGAGUGCGCGCAAAGCGAGGAGACGCCCUCCGAGACCCCCUCUCAGAUCCAAACCCAACUUGAACAGUCCACAAAUAAGCUGCAAACCGAGGAGGAGAUGAGACAGCAGCUGGCCAGUGACUAUGAAGAGACUCAGAAGUGUGUUGCUGCGCUGCAGACCCAGAUGGACCAAAUGAAGGCAGCAGAGGAGUGUUCCUCUGCAGAACUAAAGGAGAGAUUAGAGAAGGAGAAACGGUUGACCAAAGACUUGGGCCAAGCAGCCACCAAGCUGCAGCAGCUUCUCAAGGCCACCCAGGAGCAGCUCGCCAAAGAGAAGGACACCGUCAAAACCCUUCAGGACCAGCUUCUGGGACAGAAUGAAUCUGAAGAGCCAAAGGAAGGGACGUCCGUCUGAGAAGACAGAACAGACAUGACACAACUUGCCAACAUGCCUUAAAACUUUAUACUCAUUGUUUUAUUGUCUUCUACUCUGUAUCGUAGUUUAUUUAGUUGAACAGUAUCAAUUGUGUUAAGGUACAGGGAGUAUAGCAGUUUUGUGUAUGCAUUUUUAUUAUGUUGAAACCAACAAUCAAUUGAGGAUCUGUCUGGCUAUGUCAGAAAGCUCCUGUGUUUUUACCUUUACAUUCCUAAGAACACUUAAAUUGUCCAGUGUUAUUCAAAAGGGAAAAUGCUUGCAUGUUACACGUGCAGCGACUGGUGCAAUCACUUUGUUCUCUUGUCUGACCUUUUGUAUGAAAAGUAAGGUUAUUCAUGGUACAGAGGCAAUUCAACAUUCGUGCAUUUUACUCUUUGUAGUGGAUUGCUACCAAAUGUGAGAAUUUGUAACUAAAUAAAAUAUGUAGACAAGUA